GCUGUGUGUUUCAGCUAAGCGUUUCUCCGGGUGUCUAAGUGAAAUUCGCGGAAGGAAAAAAACGGACUGGUGAAGUCUGUCGAAAACUUGGCAAGAGCUACAAAGUCCCUGACAGGAGAGCUCGAGAGAAGAACGCGCUACAGCUAGGAUCAAGUCCGACUCAACGGGAGGAAAUCCUACGGCGCCACCAUGGCUUACCAGGCGGGACAGGGCUUCGGUCGGCCCGAGGGAGAGGAGGCGUACGGUACGGGGAUGCUGGCGAUGCCGGGCUCGGGCGUGAACGGCGGGACCACCGCGCCACGGCAGCACUCCAUCGCCGGGAUACUGGGGGCCGCCUCCCCGCUGGACGGCUCGGCUAAGUCCGAUGACGGCCACCACUCCAACAGCGACGACGAGAACCGCGUGCCUCUCACCAACGCGGACGCCAAGCCCACCGGCCCGGCCUCGCCCAACAGGGACCGGGACGCCGCAGACGACUCCUCGGAGGAGAGCUCGACCCACGCCGCCGGCGACAAGAAGAAGAAGCGGAGGAACAGGACCACUUUUACCAGCUUCCAGCUGGAGGAGAUGGAACGUGUGUUCCAGAAGACACAUUACCCGGAUGUGUACAUGCGCGAGCAGCUGGCGCUCAGGGCGGACCUGACGGAGGCCAGGGUGCAGGUCUGGUUCCAGAACCGUCGCGCCAAGUGGAGGAAGAAGGAGCGGUUCCAGCAGAUGGCCGGGAUCCGCCAGGUGGCGCUCGGGGCCGAUCCGUACGACAUCUCCAUGGGACAGAGACAGAACGGCUACACACAGGCCCAGCCGACCCAGUGGACCACCACAACCAACGCCUCCUGCAUGGCUCCCCAGUCCAACCCUGCAAGCUUCAUGGGCGUGGCCACGCAGGCGCACUCCUACCUUACCUCCGCCUCGCCACCAACAACCAAUGAGGACACGUACCCGAGUCACAUGACCACGUCAGCUGGACAGUACUUUCCCGGCAUGCCCGGCGGCGACUCGGACAGACGGACGUCCAGUAUCGCGGAACUGAGACUAAAAGCGAAGGAACACAGCGUUGCCAUGGGGCUUUUCGGGGGCGUCUACGUGCAGUGAUGAUGAAGGAAUUAAAAAGAAGCUAGACCAAAGUAGUUAGUUCCGUCCGAAUGUCCCGUGCCUUUGUGUACAUGUAUACUCGUAAAGCAGAUGGUAAAAACGUACAAUGUAAAGAGAGUUUUGAUGUUAAGAUAUAGUUAUCGUUUGGUAUUCUUCUUUUCUUUUCUUUUCUUUUUUGUUUGAUCAAUUUGAUUUUGAUAUUCUUGUAUGGUAAUGUAAAUAACAUAAUCAUGUUAUAUGCGUCGGCUACCAUGAUGUUUAGCCAUGUUUUGACAUUUAUGUUGUUACAAUUUCUUUUUUUUUUCUUUUGGUAAAAUGUUCAGAAUUUCAUUGUUGUAAUCUCUACUGUGAUUCUGUUUUGCCGUUGCCGUUUGCUUCCUGAAGGUGUGAAAACAGACGCAAGUUCGAGUUUCUAUUUGCGGUACCAUUUGGUUCUUACUCACCUGUAGUACGAUCGCCAUUAGAGAUUCGUGGGUGACAUAGCAACCACAUAUCGUAAGGGGUGACCAAACAGAACUUCGUUAAGAAACGAAAUGUCAGCUUUAACAACCUCAGGAAAGAUAUAUAUCUAAGUGAACUGGUUAAGUUUGGUAUAUAGCAAUAGCACAAAACCACAACAGAGUUUCGAACGACGACCAAAUUCUGAACAUUUUCUUUACAAAAACCGUUCAACACAUGUAAAUAUAUAUGCCCGCUAUUACGUUACAAUGCUUUAUGUUGUUUCUUUUUCUUUUCUUUUUUUUUUUGUCUUUUGACAAAGACCCUGUCCCAAAGUAAUGAUAGAUUUCCUAUGUUCUAAGAGGACUGCGAAGCCAGUUCGAUAUGUGUAAAUAUGCUAAUUACUCUUCGAAGGGACCAGAGUAUAUAUUCUAGAAGCUUAUUUCUCGGAAUGACAAAGUAAAAUAUCGGUUAUACGUAUAUUUUGCCGUAUGGUUCAACGUAUUCUAUUGUAUGUUGUAUGUUUCCGAUUUCUUCAAUACUGUAGCUCUUUGACGUUGUGUCCAAAUCGUAACCUUACAUUCCGUCCUAUAAUAUAAACAGCUGAGCA